GGGCCCGGUUUUCGUCAUCAGUUGUCCUCGCAAAAUGUGCGAUAAUACGAUAUCCAUAUCUACAUCUCUCUCGCGCUCUCUCUACCGAUGUCUGGUUCGUGGGUGGAUGGGAGGAGAGAGGAAAGAGGAGAGGGACGAGGGGCGAGGGACGAGGGAGGAGGGAGGAGCGUGAUAUCAAUGCACAGAGUAGACCAAGAUCAAGUCAAAUGUCAUUCAUUCGUUCAUUCAUUCAUUCAUUCUCUCAUUCGUUAGCCGACGACCUCCCUCCCUACCUGCAUGUACACAUCAAGACAUCCCAUUAAAACGAUUCACUACGCGUAAUUCAAGACAUCUCCCCAAUCCAAACUCAAAUGCAAAAUGCAAAUGCAAAUUAUAUUCAAUGGACGAUGCCCGAUUUCUUCAUUUCUGAUUCAUCCAAAGACCGUCAAAUCAAUCCCACCACCGACCUUUACACAAAGUAACGAGGGUAUUGCAUGACAAGGAUAACACCAGCCUUCACCAUUCUUUCUCCACGAUCUCAGCCACUCCCUUUAACUCUUUCUCGCGCCGUGCACACAGAUGAGAGGUAACAUUUUGAACAACUUUCGAGUUAAUCCACCCUAGACCCGCUUCAUUCCAAUCAAAACGGAUCCCUUUUCUCUUUUCUCAAAUCAAUUCCUGAAGAUUUCUGGACUGUCAGCCUUUUUAUGAUUUAUGCUGCAUGGAACGGUCUGAGAUGCGAGGGUUCUAACGCGAUUUCGUACCUACUCGGCGUUCGACUUUGGAAUAUCAGUUGAGGAUUUCCCAAAUACAAUGCUCAGCUGGAGCUGGUGAGGGAAGAAAGAAAGAAAGAAAGAAAGACAGACAGACAGACAGACAGAUCGAAAGAGAGAAAGAAAGAGUUUAGAAGUUAUUAUACACACUCGAGACUGAGAUCAGCUUGACUUGACGACUAGGAGAACACACCCUCUACCACGACCUCGACCUCGAGAAUUAUCAUAUAAUAAAUCACCCUUGGAUUAUAAUAUAGCCUCACUUUCCUUUGCCCAUUAAUAAUACCUUACGCUCUUUCUUCAUCAUGGCCACGAAGCUCAAAAUGGCGGGCAUGCAUACCGCUGGAAUCUUCUCAGAUAUGACGGUUGAUGGUCCGGUGAUUGGUACCCUGGUUGUUAUCGUUGAUCGAGCCAAAAAUCUACCAAACAGAAAGACAAUUGGAAAACAAGAUCCUUAUUGUGCAGCUCGGUUGGGAAAGGAAGCAAAAAAAACGGAGACAGAUAAGAGAGGUGGACAAACCCCUCGAUGGGAUCAAGAGCUACGAUUUACUGUGCACGAUUCGCCGGAUUACUAUCAAUUGAAGGUCUCAGUAUUUAAUGACGACAAGAGAACAGAUCUGAUAGGAGAGACUUGGGUCAACUUACAAGAUGUCAUUGUUGCAGGAGGGGGACAAAGUGACGUAUGGCAUAACUUAAACUUCAAGGGGAAAUAUGCGGGAGAGAUUAGGGUCGAGAUCACAUAUUAUGAUAAAAGACCCAAGCCAGAGAAACCGGAAAAGAAGGAACCCAAACAGAAUCCAUCGACGAUUACUCCAUCUACAUCUGUGCAAUCGAUAACGGAGUUCGGGAGUGUGAGUGGAGGUGCAAGUGGAAGUGGGAGUUUGAGAGAAGGAGUUGGUGGGCCAAGACAAUUAGGGGUGAAACCAGUUGUUAAGAGGCGGCCUUUACCAACCGAUCCAAUUACUGGAGCUCCAGCGCAACCUCCGGUCGCAGCAGCAGCUCCGAUCCCUGUGGCGGCACCACCUGCUGAACUAGUUCACACUCCUCCACGGGGAUAUCAGGCCCCAUCUGCAGUAGACCAUAUGCAAAUGACACCUACUCGUGGAUAUAGAGACUCCCCCUCUGCGAUACCAGAUCAUGUCCAAACCCCACCUCGAGGCUACCAAAAUGUACCGACCGGAAUACCCGAUCAUAUUCAGACGCAAGGAUAUAAGAUGUCUCCGAAUGGCAUGCCAGAUCAUGUCCCUCGAGGAUAUGCGAAUCCACCGGUAAUUCAGGAUCAACCUUCACCUCGUGGAUAUCCAAGUUCUGAUGCAAUGCAAGCACAACGUGGUUAUCAUUCUCCUAUUGUUGGUCAGGAGCACGCGCAAACGCCACCGCGUGGAUAUCAGAACGGAUUCGUUCAGGAUCAAUCUCCUGGACAAAGAGUAGAAUACAACGCACCUUCAACCCGAUAUAACCAACCCCAAGGAUAUGAUAUUAGUCCAGGGUCGACUCCAUACGGAGCACCUCAAGAUAUGAUGGCUGGAGCACCACCAAGUUCCCAACCAAUGCGGAAUAACGAUAGAUAUGAUUACGAACACGGCCACGAUAUGAAUCAAUACGCGGCCCCUGAAGCGGAUCCUCGCGAUAGAUAUGGAGGCUCUCGUAUGCUAACUUAUGAGCCUCAGCAGCCAGGUCCAUAUGAACUUCCGAUGAGCCCCGGUCCUCCGCCACCUCCCCCGGCUCAUGCAAGCAGACACGUGAGCUCGGUGCCAACUCUCGCGCAACCUAAAGCUGUCCAUGGCCGUCCAGUCAGUCGGGGAAAUUCCAAUCCAUAUAACACUUCCGUGGAUGAUUUGCACCGUCAUUCAAUGCCUGCUUAUGCACAGCCCACCUCGGCUUACCAGGCCUAUAACCCACCAAAGAACGAUGACCAAUUCCGAAGGCCCGGAAAUGGAAACCCUUACCCACUCCGAAAAAACUCUUAUGACUCGAGAGAUUUGAGGUAUAAUUCCAGUUAUGAAGAUAUGCAGCCAACUGUCGAGGAUGCCCCACCCACACCAGCUCCAGGGCCAGGGCCAAACAGUUAUCAGACUAUUAUCCCGCAUAGAGGUAGUGCACCAAGUGCCAUGCAACACCCAGCUGAAGGGAUGUAUGACCAAGUACCGGCACCGUUAAACUUACGGCAUCGACCUAGUCGCAAUAGUAUUGCCACAACUGCUCCGAGUCAUCAACAUUCGAUUAGCUCAGGUGGCUACCCGACCUCUAGUUCUAUGUCCUCUGUCAGAGAUGGAGCUUCUGUAACCUCAAGAAACUCUUAUGGCCAACUCCCAGCAUCUCGCCAAGACCGAAGCCAGUCCGUAGGUGUGCAAAAUACUAAUGGAGAUUAUGGCUUGCCUGAGAUGCCACCAACGUUGGUGCCGGGAAUGGAUCCAAUCAUUGCAAAGGAAAUCUCGGAUCGGAUUUAUAACGAAAAGCGAGCAAGUUAUAGCCAAAACCCUGCAUCUUCGCAGCGAGGAAGAUAUCAAGAGGUUCCAAGACAUCAGCCACAACAGAUUCAACAGCCAAUACCCCUUCCCUAUCAUGAUAAUUCGGCUGUGGUACCAUACUCACCACAAGCAGCAUAUGACGAUCGCCAGAAUCGAUAUGCAGCGUCUACGGCUAUGGUGCCAGUAAAACCUAGGGGUACGUCGCCUAACCCCGCAAUGGAUAGACGAGGAAAUUCGCCUAACCCUAUGGAUCGAAGAGGCGUGUCUCCUAAUCCAAUGGAUAGACGAGGUGCAUCUCCGAAUCCGCCUAUGGACAGAAGAGGUGCAUCUCCCCAUCCACCUAUGGAUAGAAGAGGUGUUUCACCUAACCCCAUGACUAGAAGAGGUACCUCUCCUAACCCAGCAGUCACGCGAAAACCGGUCAGUCCUGCUUCGGAGCCUCGAAGAUUAUCAGGUGUUGCAUUCGGGCCAGAUUCUUAUGAUGUUUUCAAUCCAAGUCUGGCAGGAUCGAAAUCUGCAACAUCUCUAAGCGCUGCUUACGAUUCUAAAGAUGAUCCGGAUGCCAAAAUCAUUACUUAUGAUGGUAGGGAAAUCGAUCCAAGUGAUCACAUUCCUGAAUCUAAUUAUGCCCCACUCCUCGAACAAAAGGGACCAAAAUACGCAUCACAAAUGCCAGAUCGCAAUUAUCGAGCUCCACCAGCAGAGCAUCCGAUGCCAUCAAAUGGUCGUAAGCAAUUACGUCAAGCAGCAAGGCCUCAAUCAAUGGCCGUAUCUUCCCCAAUUUACUUCAGCGGCGGCAUUCCAGAUAAUCCUCCAGCUACUGCUCAUAGGAAACUCCAAAAGAAGUCAAACCGCAUGUCGGCACAACCUGCAUACCAUUCAUCCCCAAAUGUACCGAUCUACAGAGAACCAACUUACGCAUCUAGUAGAACAUCGAUGCAGAGACCCUCAACGGCUGAAUAUUCAAAUGACGGUUAUCAGUCAAAUGGUUAUCAGUAUGGAAGUAGCCCUGGCGGUGGAUAUAGAGGGGCGGUUGGGCCAGUCGUACCAGCAAAAAUUCCAAUGGCAUUACCGGCUCCCGUUAGUAGUGGCGCAGGGAGAGGCGGUGGAGGUGGGGAUGCGUGGGCGCUGUUAGAGGAAAUGAAGAAUAUUGAUUUAGGGGCCCCAAGUUCUAGAAGGAGAAGGCAUUGAUAAAGGAGUCUGAUUUUUAUACGAGUGUAGGUGGCAAUAGGGUGAUGCGGGCAGGAAAGAGAGAAAACAUGUGUUAUAUUUUUUGUACGAUUAAGAUAGGAUGUAUCUGGUUGGUUGCUUGGUUUCAUAUACCUUUUUGUAUUUUCUUGCAUUCUUGAUUCUUGCACUCAUCUUCUGCGUUGUAUUUAGACUCUGGCAUCUCAAGGAUCUCAUAUCAAGGCUUCUAUGGGUAUAUGGCAGGCAUGGCGUUUUUGUUUGGGCAAUUGUGCUCUGGUAACAUUGGGAAAGAUGGUGGGUAGAGAGCAGUGGAUGGGAUAACGGGGAAAUUCAAAAAGGCAUGGGUUAGGGAGGGGUGAUGGAAUGGGAACGGGCGAGCCCAGUCUGGAUUUGGCAGGGUAGGAUGAUUUGAGAAGGAAGGGAUAUUGGGAGGAUAUCAAAAUCGGGAGAGGUUAAAGAUUGGGAAGGAAAUGGGCAGAGGGGUAGAGGAAGGAAGACAAGGAGGAAUGAAAAUGCAAGUGAAUAUGAUAUCAAGUUCAUACACAAUACCCCAUCUGUGAAUAACGUACGUGCUACUCAAGUGUUAUUUAAGUGAGAAAGUGCAGGGAAACAUGUAAUGAAUCAAAAAUAUCAACGCUGGAAAGCUUUUGUUCA